GUUUAGACUAAUCUAGUCUAAAGUCAAUUCCCUUGGUCUUGGUCGAUCCAGGCAGAUCGAGACUGGUAAGUCACAGGUCACAUAUCAUCUACUUGACUUGCUCGCCGUCGUCAUUAUUCAGACCUACAACACACCUUAUCACGGUCAAUUGAUCUGUCACCAUGGGGUUUCUGACAGAUCAAUCGCUAACCAAGAUCUGUUUUCGGGUUAUCAUCGUGUUACUUAUCGCUCAGUUAUUUCGUCUUGUUCGUCGCUGGUCUCGUCUACGCCAUAUUCCUGGCCCAUCCAGCGCAGGAUGGACUUCAUGGUGGCAGUGUCGAGGAGCUCUUAGCGGUCGCUACCAUGAGCAUUUGAAGAACGCAGCAGAUCAAUUCGGUACGACAUACUCAUCAAAACACUACCAAAAUCACUAACAAUCAAUGGGCCCUCUGGUUCGUAUUGGUCCCAAUGAGGUGCUCUCAACAGACCCAGUUGUGCUGCGCAACAUGUCCGCUGUGCGAAGCACUUAUACGAAAGGGGAUUUUUAUAGCAGCGGCAGGAUAGUUCCUGGUGUUGAUAAUGUCGUCUCUGAGAGAGAUGAGGCUAAGCAUAAAUUUAUGAGAGCAAAGAUGGCACCUGGUUAUUCUUACAAGGAGAAUGAAGGCUUCGGCUUCGAGGCAGGCAUAGAUCGUCAACUUCUCAACUUUAUCUCUCUCAUCGACCGAAAGUACCUCUCAACUACAAGUGAAUCACGGCCUCUUGACCUUGCCGAAAAAACACAGUUCUUUGCCCUGGAUGUCGUUGGCGAUGUAUCUUUUGGUGAACCAUUCGGAUACUUGACGAAAGAUGAAGAUCUCUUCCAAUACAAUGAGAUAAAUGCCAGUUCACUGCCGGUCAUGAACGUGGUAUCCGUCUACCCCUGGCUAGGAAGGGUUGUUCAUCGGUGGCCGCUAAGUCUGUUGCUGCCGCGGGAAGAGGACCAGGUUGGUUUCGGACGACUGAUGGGGUGGGUUGGAUGUCAGUUCAUGGUGGCUCAAACUGACCUUUUUAGCUUCGCGAGGCACUUUGUUCGCAAAAGACUGGCCGAGGGGAUCACGACGAGGAAGGAUAUGAUGCAGAUGCAUAUCAGCAACGGCAUGAAUGAGGAGGAACUUAUCCAGCAAGCCUUCAUCUCAAUUAUCGCUGGUUCUAACACAACCGCGCACGCGCUUCGAAUGAUCAUACUCUCCUUAAUCACAAACCCAAACGCAUACCGCUCCCUCAUCGCCGAGAUUCGAAAGGUCACCUCGUCAGUCAGCAAUCCCAUCUCCUGGGCACAGACGCAAACACUACCGUAUCUUCAAGCAGUCGUUCGCGAAGGUCUGCGCACGUGGCCACCAGUAGCUGGUCUCGGCUUCAAGCAGGUCCCUCCGGAGGGCGAUACCAUCAACGGCUUCUUCGUCCCCGGCGGAACGCAAGUUGGUCAGGGGUUCUACGCUGUUGGUCGAUCACGUCUUGUCUGGGGCGACGAUGCUGAUGUUUUUCGGCCUGAGCGAUGGCUACUCGCUGGUGAAGACAGGUUAAGGGACAUGGUAGCGGCGUUGGACACACAUUUCGGACAUGGGAAAUAUUCGUGUUUAGGAAAGCCGAUUGCUCUCAUGGAGAUUCACAAGGCUGUUUUCGAGUUGUUUAAGCGCUACGACUUUGCUAUAUUGAACGCUGAAAGACCUAUCAAGACCCAGACUUCAGUCUUUCUCUUUGCUUCAGACUUUUGGGUCACGAUCACACAGCGUGAUGACGAAGAGAAUUGACUUCGAGUGUGCGAUUAAUUGGACGCGAAGCUGUAAUACGUAUAUAUCUCAUAUAUUAGAUGUACCAUAUAAGUCAUAUGAAUUUGACAUAUUCAUAGAUCUGAAGCCGGCAUCGAAUUAC